AUGGCAUUCCGACCACCAAAGAAACCGCUCAGCUUGCUAGGUUACCACAGAAUCCUCUCGCCAACCGCAGGAGUCCGCGUCUCUCCCCUAUGUCUUGGGGCCAUGAACUUUGGCACAGCGUGGCAACAAUUCAUGGGCGAAUGCAGCAAGGAAACCGCGUUCGGGAUGCUGGACUAUUUCUACGAACAGGGUGGCAACUUCAUUGACACCGCCAACAACUACCAGGCCGGGGAAAGCGAGAGCUGGCUCGGCGAGUGGAUGCAGAAGCGCAACAACCGCGACGAUAUCGUCCUCGCCACGAAAUUCACAAUCGGCUUUCGACCUCAGGACGCUCCGGAGAAGCUCCAGUCCAACUUCCAAGGCAACCAUUCCAAGUCGCUGCGGCUCUCCGUCGAGCAUAGCCUUAAAAAGCUGCAGACGACCUACGUUGACCUACUUUACGUGCACUGGUGGGACUUCUCCACCUCCAUUCCCGAGCUAAUGAACGGUCUGCACAAUAUGAUCGUUAACGGCAAGGUCCUUUACUUGGGGAUAUCCGACUGCCCGGCCUGGAUCGUCGUGAAAUGCAACGAGUAUGCGCGGCAUCACGGACUCACCCAGUUCAGCGUUUAUCAGGGCUUGUGGAAUGCAGCUGUGCGCGAUUUCGAAAGGGACAUCAUUCCCAUGUGCGAAGCAGAAGGCAUGGGUCUAGCUCCGUGGGGUGCCUUGGGCCGCGGCAUGUUCAAGCUGGCCGAAGAGUAUGACGAUCCUGAGCGCGAAGGCCGCAAGAUGGGCCCUGAGCAGGAUCCAAAGUACCGGCGCGUUGCGAAAGUGCUGAAUGAGAUAGCCAAGAAGAAGAACACGGUGAUUACCAGCAUUGCGUUGGCGUACGUCAUGCAUAAGACUCCUUACGUGUUCCCCAUUGUCGGUGGCCGAAAGAUCGAGCACCUUGAGGGCAACGUCGAAGCUCUCUCGAUCCAAUUGACACCGGAGGAGAUCGAAGAAGUCGAAGCAGCCGAGCCUUUUGAUGCUGGGUUCCCACUAGGCUUCCUGUUUGAGUUCGGCGGUACGAAAUAUAACUUGCGUAACACGACGCAAGAUAUCUACCUAGUCAGCUCGAACGCGGCGAUCACAUCUGUGCCGAAAUUACUGCCUAUUCAGCCCGCCAACGUCGCCAAGCGGUUUGAAGCCUCGUAA